AUGUCAAGUAGCAACCUUGUGACAGACGCGUACCACAGCACCGAGUCUACAAUCAACGUCCUCUUCUCUAGCCCCGCCGAUGCGAACCCCGUCACGGACAAGCAAGCGACCAAGGUUCCAGUAGUGCCCAUCGCUGCCUCGCUGUUUCCGGCAAACGCCGCAGUCAUGAUCGACGAUGACCUCGCGCCUGGCGUGGCUGACGCUGGCGCCACAGCAGAGCCAGCUGUGCGUAGCCCGUUGUCCGUUGAGCGCGAGGCUUUUGAGAAUUCCAUCGCAGGCAUCGGCGGCGGCGGCGGCGCCCUAUCUCAGUCAGUGGUGAGUCGCCGCGACAUGUCGCUUGCGGACAUCUCCCGAAUGCGACUGGAAGGCUGUCGUGCGCGGCACACACUCUUCGCCGCUACCACGUCACUGCGUGGCAGCAUGGCCUCGUCGCUGCGGUCUGCCUCACUGUCGCCCAUGUUCCCGCUGACCGGCCGCGUGCGUGAUCAUGCGGGGAUCUUCGAUGAAACCACUUCGGCAGCCAUAUCGGCAGCCUCACAAGCCCCUGCGUGGUCGUCCCUUAAUGGGCCUGGUCGCUCAUUCAACCGCCGCUCCAGCUUGUUAUCGGCGCGCACAAACGCACUUGACACGUCGAUUGCCAUUCUUCAGCACAUGGCGCACGACACGGCUGCUCGUGUGGAGGCUGUCUGCAAUGCUCAAUCUCUCGCCGGCACCGCGUCUACUGCCACCUCCGCCUGUGGCUCUGUUGCGCUGCCCUCGUUGCAGCCGACACAGCUCUAUUCAGCGGACACCCACGCCAGCGCCCGUGGUUACAAGGUGGUGGGAAGUGGUAGCACAGCUUCGGUGGAGGACAGCUGUAGCGACAGCGACCAGCACACGCCCGUGCUGCACACCGUGCACACGCGACAGUUCACCCGCGCUUUAGACUCUCCCUCUCCGCUGAACUCGCUCUCUGAGUCCGAGCUGCGCAGCGGGCACCUGCGCGCUGGCGGUUGCUCACAUGUGUCUGCACAGGCCUCGGCAGCACGCCUUACCGGCGGUGCUGGCGUUGCCAAGGCGGCGUCGGACUUACAGCACAGCUCUCCACGGUCUCACCCGGACAGAUCUCCCUUGCCUGCAAGGCGGCAGACGAAUGACACAGCGGAUCAUCGAGCACCCCAUCAGUCAGUGGCGGCCACCGACAUAGGGGUCGCAUUGCCAAGCGCAGAGAACCAGACGACCGACGUGAGCGUCUACAACCACGACUUCCAGCACAUUGUCCCACUCGAAGUGAAGGAGGCACUCCAGCGCAACAUGCGCCCAAUCUGCGAGGACGACGAUGAGGACGAAGACGCGCUGCUGCACGACGGGCUGCGUGCUCCGAUGCCACCGCCGCUGACAUCCUUCGCGAACGUGACGCACAGCAUGUACGAGGAUACCUGCAAUUUGGACACUCCGUCCAACUAUGCGUGCACUCAUGGCACCGUCAGCGUUGGUUGUGCCGGCGCGGCGAUCGCGGAUGCCCCGUUCAGCUUCCCUUCGAGUGCCCUUCACGCACCUAGUCGACUGUUCGCUUCACCAAACGCACCGGCGCUGCAGACAGCCACCCCCUCUAUGAUUGCCUGGCAAACAGGCGGCACUGUCGAGGCCAAGCCGAUCCGCCCAUUCGGUAGUGGCACAGCGGAGACGCUGGCGGCUGGCCUGAGCAUCAGCGGUACGGGAGUACCCUUCCAGACGUGGAAGUUUCCGAGUUUGGGCAAACCGAACUCCGCGUCCUCGCUGCGCAAGACGUCGCUCGGCGAGAACGGCAACGCCGAGGCGUUGCCGGAAAGCGCGGUGGGGGGUGCGGCCGCGGCGCGUCAGCCGGCUGUUCCGCUCUCCGAGCACUGCAGCCACCCCACUCGCGAGACCCUCGUGCCGGAAUCGCCGCAGCGGCAGUGCAGUGAGUCUUCUCCGCUCACCCGCAACGGACGUCAGGCCACCAGCGAGCACAACACCCUCAACGCGGCAGCCACGCCGUGCUCUUCCGUGGCGGUCGGUGCUUUGUCUGGCGCUGGCGACGUUGGCCCGUGUGCCGCGUCGCUGCUGUCCGGUGUGGACGGCACGCAUCGAAUGUCCUCAGUUGCGCACGGCACCCCGGUGCGCUCCAAUGACGGCGCAGGUGGGCACUUUGUGCAGGCUGCUGUCGCGCAGGGCUCGACACCCAGCGCGGCUGGUAGCUUGAGCGCCGCCGCUGACAGCAGCAACACGCGCAAGCUGGAGAUGAUGUACACAGUCUAUGAGCGGCUGCUGCACGCACGGCCUCCCGACAACAGCUUCCCUGAGGCUACCCGGAGGAGUCUGCAGACGCAGACUUCGCCAAGUCUGACUGAGGAGGUGAUGCCGCCGCUGGACAUGUCGCCGUCAACGCCGGCUGCCCAGCAAGCGCCGCAAUCUGGUGUCGCCGGCGCUUGCUUCGAGGCGAUGAGUCAGGGUGACUGUUCCCCAUCGAUGUCCUACUCCGGCGCUCUGAGCCGCUCGGCGGGUUACUACAGUUUCGGUAAGCGGAUCAGUCUCAGUCACCCGAACAGGCAGACUCUGCCACACCAGUUCCUCGGCAGCGCCUCAAACCUGCAUGCGACGUCGUCGCCGCCGCGAGUGGCGAUGCUCGGCACCCCCGCAGUGGCAGGCGUGAUCGUGACGUCGAGCGGUAACAGCAGCGGCACCACCAUGGCUUUCUCGCCCACUGCGCGCGCGCGGCGACGUACUCUGGAUUUGUCGGUGCUGCAGCGCAUCGACUCCCGCCCGCUGCUGCAAUCGACGUUGCUUUCGCAGAACAACAUGUGCACCAUCUGCGAGGCGCAGGCGCGGUUCACGCCGAAGGAGAGAGUGGAGGAUGCUGGACGUGCGGAUCAGCGCACCGCGAUUAGCUCGGCACCGUCGAAAGCGGCUGUAUCCGUGACGGUUGAAUCCGUGCCCCAGUACACUGUUCCGUUAGAGGAGCAGAGUGCGGCUGGUUUGCCGUCGCCGGCGAGCGUGGCCGACGUGGAGACGCGUGAGGGUGUGGCAGGGGUGAGUCAGGGGCGGAUGACUGGCCACACGGCAAUCGCCGAAACGGCUUCGCCGGUGGGGCUGGGCUCCGCUGCCGCUUCGGCCACGGCAGUGUCCGCCGCGCGAGAGUCGCAGCAAACGAGCGGCAGCUGCAGAGAUACUCAAGUCCCGUCUGUGGACUCUGUGCUGCCGUCGUCAGUCUCGUCCUCAAUAGGCAAGCGGCCCAACGCGUCGAGUCUGUCCCUCGACUGCAUUCACGAAGGGCAGGGGGGGCAGGAGGAGCACCUCCGCAAGCAGGCCGAGAUGCACGUGAAUCCCACCGCGGCCACCGCCACCGGCGUGUCUGUGGCACAUGAGAGCAACGGGAUCUCACCACAUCGGUGCUACCAAGCCCUCACGGAGGCAAAGCGCCUCGUGCGUCACGUUCACGGCGUCGAUGGGGUGGAACGGGAGGUAGACGACGACUCUAUGAACUUGGUCGUGCACGUUGGCAUGCACCUGAUGGGCUGGUUGGAGGUGGUGAGUCUGCUGGGCUGCGGCAGCUUUGGCCAAGUAUUCCUUUGCAAGGACUUGCGCAUCUGCGACGGCCACUUUGUCCACCCAAGCGAGAUCGAGGGCGACGACUACGAGUAUUGGAACUGCUCCCACGCCUACCUCCCCUUCAGCAGUGUCGACGCCGUGCCGACGCAUCGGCCGCUUGUCGCCGUCAAGGUGGUGAAAAGCGUGCCGCUGCUGGAGCAGCAGUCGGUUCUGGAGGCGGAGAUGCUUGUGUUGAUCGGCGCGCAGACCGCGCUACCUCCGGCGAACGCAGCGGGGGAGGGGUGUGAAUCGGCCACCCCGACAUUUGCAGCCGCAACAGGAGGUCGCAUUGGCGUCAAUGAGCCACCGCCGGCGGAUCCACGCUGCGCCAACAUCGCAAAGGUGCUCGCCGACGGCAUCUGCUACGGCCAUCACUGCAUUGUGAUGGAGAGGUACGGCGCGAACCUGUACGAGUACAUUGCCGCGAACAACCACCGUGGGCUUCCCAUGUACCAAAUCCGCUCUAUCGGCGCACAGCUCUUCUCCGCGCUCUCACUAGUGCACGAGGAGUGCCACAUCAUCCACGCUGACGUCAAGCCAGAGAAUGUGCUGCUGACGCUUGGCUCUAGCAUGGGCACACUGCGGGUGAAGGACGAGCCGUCGCCCAUAACCACUACCACAGCAGCUGCGGCGCUCCCCGCUGGGGCGAUAAGCAAGAGCAACGCCAGCACCACUGCAGUGGCGACCAAGACCCCGCGUAGCGUCCCACAGCGAAAGGCGUCUGCUGAGGCUGCGCAUCGCUCUCCGAGCAGCACGUCGCCCAAUACCGAACCGCCGUGGCACCAGCAGCGCACCGAGUAUGCGGCAUCGUCGCCCGCAUCGCUCUUGCUGCCGGCAGAGCGUUCGCACACCGCGCGGGUCGGCCCUGGCGCUGUCGCGCGGCAGCGGCUCAGCUUUAAGGGGAAGCGCCAAAACUCGAACACCCUCCUGGACCUCUCCUCCUCGCCGAUGGCGCUCGCGACGUACAAGGGUCAUAGUUUUUGCCACCUCCGCUCGAGCUCGGCCAGCCGCGCCACCAGCGUGGAGCAAACAGACAUGCCGACCCCCGAGCCGCGCCGCAUGCACAUGCUGAGCCAGUCGGCCGGUCUUGUCACCAGUGCCGCGAGCGGCAUGUCGUUGCUAAGCCUUGGCGGUGGUGGUGCCGGCAGUUAUAGUCGUCAGAUAGUGCAAGCACCUGCUGCGCCCGCGGAAGAGGCGCCGGCGGCGCCAGUAGCACCGGCUGCUUCACACCUGCACGUUCGGCUCAUUGAUUUUAGCUCCAGCUGCUACGACGGUGGCCCGUUUUACCAAUACAUCCAGUCCCGCUACUAUCGCGCACCGGAGGUAAUCAUAGGGGCGCCGUACAACUCUGCAAUCGACGUGUGGUCAACUGGCUGCUUGCUUGCGGAGCUGCUGCUGGGCAUGCCGCUGCUCCCCGGCUGCAACGAUCACCACCAGCUCUCGCUCGUGGAGGAGAUGAUUGAGCCGCUGCCCGACCACCUGGUAGAGAAUGGCGACAACGCAGGCUUGUUUUACAUCGUAGCAGCGACGGGGGGCGAGGGCAGUACCGAUGCCGCGCUGCCUCGUGCGCCAGCAGCUGCAGCGCCCGGCGCAACUGCGUCAGCGACGCUGCAGAAGCCUCGGUCGUUUGCUUUGCGCACACGCGAAAACUACCUGGAGGUCACCGGCAGCGAGCCGCUGCCGUACCGCCGCUACUUCACAUACCAGACUCUGCAGGAGCUGGUGCGGCACUGCCCUUUGACGCUCGAGGAGCGGCGCAUGAGCAACGGGCUACAUCCGUACGUGUCAGCGAAUGAGUCCUCUGCGAUCCCCCCUGAUGCGACGCCGUCGCUGUCGGUGCGAUCGGACAUGAUGAAGCAGCGCUUCUUGCUCUUCGAUUUGCUGCGACGUCUCCUUCAGACGGACUCGAAACUGCGCCCCACCGCCGCGCAGGCACUCCAGCACCCGUUCUUCAGCUCGCUUCCACCGUAUUUCACGACCUUCGCGCUCGACUGA